UGUCACUGUUGUCGUGUCACUUGUCAGAUACCGAACUGAAAUUCGUGAAAAAUAGUUUUUUGCGAAUCAUUCUGUUUAUUUAUUAUUUCUUUGUCUCACUAAAAAUGGAGACUAAUCUCCAACAUGAAGAUUUAUUGAUAAAACUGCGCGCUAAACUGAACGAAGAGAAGGUAAAGUUAUGGGAGGCGCCGUAUAUCACGCAAGAUAGUGAAAUCACACAAAAUUUUAAGGAUCUUGCCGAAAAAUAUGCAAAGGACUUGUCAUUAGAAAACGAUGUGGUGCAUCAAGCAUUACGGGAACUGCAGCUGCAUUCGCUGGAGAGAUCUAAAGAAAAUGCGGAGUAUAAGGAGACAGGGUUUGCAGCGUUCAGGAUCAAGGCCACCAUACCGGGAGAAAAGCCUCGGAUGAUAAAACUUCAGAAAAAGUUAGACGUGAUGGGGUCAGAGCUUAUUUCUGCUAUUGCUACUGAAAUUGGCGUUGCAGAAAAUAGGGUCAAACUGAUAUUCAAUGGGAAAGUGAUGAAGCCCACGCCCAGCCUUGAGGAGCAGGGCUUGAAGAAUGGAGCUACCUUGAUGGCACUUGUCAUGGCAGAAACUCCUGAGGAAGUAAAGAAAGAGGACACAAUGUACAUGGAGAUGAAGACUGUCCGUGAUGAUGCCACGCUGCUGUCCGAGUACGUGGACGAACUGGCUGAUGAUGAUGAGUAUAUGAAGAUAGAAGACCAGUCAGGCAAGGCAGUGGAACUACCAGCAGCAGAGCGACGCUUCCUACUGGUGGGGCUGGCGCUGCAUGAGCGCGGCCGAAUUGCGGCCAAGCAGCAUGACUACCCACUAGCGCUCGUGCUGCUGUUGGAGGCUGAUAGGCACCUCAGUGAAUGCCGUGACUCGAUCCUGAGGACAGUGGACAACUGGGCAGUGCUGCAACUGGACAUAUCCUGGUGCUACCUGUGUCUGCGCAGCCUGCCCCACGCGGCUGAUGCUGGCCAGAGGCUCGCCAACGCGGAGAAGGCCUUCACGGAUACCUAUGGGGAAGAUCAUCAGAGGCUGAUCGCUUUGAAGGGUAGUGCUGCGAACGAACGCGUGCUACUGAUGCGGCUGUACCUGCUGCAGGGCAUCGUGGCCUACCACCAGAACAAGCGAGCCAUUGCAAAAGACAAGCUCGCCCGAGCUGAGCUCGAGCUCAACGCGCUCAGGGUGGACGAGGACUCAGUACUGACGCUGAUGGAGCUGGGCUGGUCGCGUGCUGCCGCCCGCAGCGGCCUCCGCGCCGCCGCCGGCGACCGCGAGCGAGCUCAUCACUACCUCGCCGACAGGAGGCAGCAGAGAGAACGGGCACGGGAGGCACAUCGCCGGGACAGACAGCGUCGGGCGCUGGGAGUGUGUGCGGACGGGUCGGCAGUGAGUGCGGCGCUGGUGGAGGCGCUGGUGGGGAUGGGGUACGGGCGGCGGCUGGCGGCGCUGGCGCUGCGCAACUCCAACAACCACGCCGCCGAGGCCGUCAGGCUCAUACAGGAACAGCCCGAGCUGUUGGCGGACAGCGAUCUGUCAUCCGACGACGCGUCUACGCCCAGCUCGGAAGACUCCCAGGUGGAGCCCGACAACAAACUAGUCGCUGAGCUGGAGGCAAUGGGCUACGACACUGAGGAGGCGAAGACAGCUCUCCGGCUGUCCAGGAAUCACAUCAGCGGGGCUGUCGACAGACUUGUGGCUGGCGGUGGGAAGGUCGUACUAAGACCAGUACGGACUCGGCGCGACGAUCCCGACAAUCCGUCGACUAGUUCAGGCGCAGUUUCUAAGAGGAAGGCCAAGAAGCAUAGGAGAGAGAAGAGGAAGAAAGAGCGCGAGCUAGCUCUGCGGCGACUGAACGCGGCCAUCCGCACUGAGGAGGACGACUACCUCGACACCUCCCUCACUGAGGAGGAGGAAUUCCUCGCGCAGUACAAGUCGCUGCUCUAAACACCUCCAUAUUAUACACCACUCUGUUUGCAAAAUUACAUUAUGCAAUUUAGCGCAGUUUUUGCGCAAUUAAACAACAUCAUGCGCAACUUAGCGCAGUUUUUGCGCAAUUUAACACAGAGUUUGCGCAAUUAAACUAAGUCAUGCGCAUUUUAGCGCAGAGUUUGCGCAAAUAUAAUUAACCAAGAUGCAUAGUACUAUGCACGUUUGUAUACGAUACUGCAGUGUGGUUAUUAUAUAAUAUCACCAGUUUUAUGAAUUACACUUGAUCAUUCAAUUUGAGAAAUUACCUGUAUUUAAAUGUUUGCAUUUAUACUAAUCUGUUUUAGUCAUUGUAGUACCAGUUCGUAACUUAUACAAACAGAUAAUCAACCUUAUGCUCUCAGUAUUAAAGUAAUAAAUUGGUAGAUUCCAUAUCGAUGUACAUAUUUAACCAAUUCAAUAUUUAUUGUCUAUUAUAAUAACCAAUCAUGUAUGUAUGACAUAUAAAAUAAUCGAGCUUUUCUCGUGAUAAAAUUGACUAGUAGUGAUAUCUGUCCAUGUUAUAAAAAAAAAAAAAACUUAGUAUCUGUUUUUCGUAAAUAUUAUGAUAUAUCAAAAUGUGUAUUCCGUAUUUGCAUUUUACAGGACUUAAGGUAGAAUUUGAUGUCUAAUUUAUACUAUACAAGUACAUAUUAAAAUAACUU